GUCAUUUUAGUGAUUCAGUAAAUCAUUUCUUCAUUUUGACAAAUCAGUAUUAAUUUUCAAAAUGCGUGCCUUGAUUGUUUUGGCUAUCAUUGUGCCUUUUGCUGUACAAGCUACCACCAUCGCAAAAUGUGAUAAUGGAGCUCCUCUGCCAACCAGUGUUGACGUCGAAGGAUGUGACAAAUUACCUUGUCCAUUAGUUCGUGGAAGCACCUCUUUGACUGAUGUUAAAUUUACUGUCUCUGCCGAUUCUGCUACUCUGAAACCAGAGGUAAAAGCCAAAGUUGCAGGUGUCACCGUUCCUUACCCAUUACCCCCAGAGCUAAGUGAUGCUUGCCAACACCUUAAAGAAGGAUCUUGUCCUUUGAAAAAAGACGUUAAAGUCACGUACAACCUGAAAGUUCCAGUACUUCAGUCCUACCCAGCAAUUAACUUGGAUUUGAUGGUAUCUCUUGUGGAUGACAGUGCCAAACCAGUCCUAUGCUUCAAAAUUCCCUGCAAAGUAGUUUAAGAUGAUAACCAAUGUUAUAAUUCAUAUGAAUUAUAUAAGUGUCGAAUACUAGUCAAAUACAAAUAUUUUUUAAGAA